AUGUCAGAUGGGAUUGACGGCGGCGGCGGGGAAAACGAGGUAGAUUCUCAUUCCUCUUCGCAUGCCGAAGCCGGAGACUCUACGAGUCACAGAGAGGACGACGCGUUAGAUCCUGACAAUGAAGCUGCCUUGAACACAAAUUAUGACAGCAGCGACGGUGCCGUGCCUGCCUUUAGAUGCGAACGCUGCGAUAACUAUGAAACUAUAAAUAAAACAGCAUUUUGUGCACACCAAGAUCAGUGUUUAAUCGGUGGUGACGCUGGUGAGGGAACCGAGGGUAUCGAAGGCGUGGAAAAUGAUGGCGACUUGGAAGAAGGCCACUCCGGGCAUAGGUCCCACCGGAAGAUGUUCGAAUGCGAUGUCUGCAACAUGAAAUUUUCUAAUGGGGCCAACAUGAGGCGGCAUAAAAUGAGGCAUACGGGGGUCAAACCGUACGAAUGCCGGGUGUGUCAGAAAAGGUUCUUCAGGAAAGACCACCUGGCGGAGCACUUUACGACUCAUUCAAAGACAUUGCCUUAUCACUGUCCAAUAUGCAAUCGAGGUUUCCAGCGACAGAUCGCGAUGCGAGCGCAUUUCCAAAAUGAGCACGUCGGCCAGCACGACAUGGUGAAAUCGUGUCCACUCUGCAACUACCGAGCAGCCACCAUGAAGUGUCUCAGAUUGCAUUUCUUUAAUAGGCAUGGUAUAGAUUUGGACAAUCCGGGACCCAAUGGUAGUUCCUCGUCGGUGAUGAACAGCUGUACUCCGAGCGAAGCAAUGUCAUCGGCUCCCCUAUCGGACAGUGGGGACAGCACAGGGAAUCGUUCGGCUGACAAUGCCACUCCACCAAUGCACUUUCUGACACCUCACGUGGAGAUAUCCAUUCCUUACCCGGAGCAAGCCGCAGGCCAGGGAAAUUCGAGUCCGGCACCCUUGAACGGAGACAGUCCCAACAGUCCCCAGAGUGCGGACAGCAACAGCAAUGCCCCGAGCAGUAGUCACCACCAUCAGCUGGCAAUUAACAGCACGGUAGUCCACAGGAACGUAGGUGGAGGCGAGGAAACGAUCACGCCCUCCAUUUCCCUGAUCCCUAUAAAGCAAGAGCCCAACAGCAACGGGCUGGACGAGAACGGUGCGACGUCGAGCAGUUUACCCCUGCCAUCGUUGAUCAAGGUCUCUCCGUUGAAGUCUCUACUCCGAGACGACCUGCGUCGAAAGCUCUCCACCAGCUCGAACAGCAGCACGGGCAACAACCACAGCGGAGGGCUCAAUCCUGGAAAUAAUAACAACAACAACAAGAGCGUCAACAAUAACAAUACGGGGAACAACAACAACAAUACCAGUAGUUGUUUAAACUCCAGCCCUCAUUCCAGAGGCGAGCCUCCAACGUCGACCAGGCCCGACCCGCGCACCACCGGCCUCCAGUGCACCCACUGCAGGAUUACCUUCCCCGACCAGACGCUCUACUUUCUGCACAAGGGAUGCCACAGCGAGAGCAACCCCUGGAAGUGCAACAUUUGCGGCGAGCAGUGCUGCAACCUCUACCAAUUCAAUUCGCAUUUACUGAGCAAAAGCCAUCAGUAACCGAGGGGGGCGACGAGAGGAGCGUCGAGUGGCGUCCGAUCGUUUUCGAUCGCUUUCGAGGCGUCCGGGGCGUAGAUUGUCCUCCGCGUACCGUAGUUUACGCACUCGGGAGAUGUAGACGCGUCUCGGGAGCCGCAUCUCGGGCGAGGCCGGACGUCAAGCGACGAAGAGGAGUCCGGCGUCGCCCGAGUUCGCCGGUUCCCGUGGUCGCGCAAUCUCCGACCUCGUUAGACCGUACCACUAGCGAGGCAGAUCGUGCCUUUCCCGAAUUUCCUUUCGUCGUUGAUUUCCUUUUGUACAGAGAAGAGAGAGAGAGAGAGGAGGGAGAGGAAUUAACGCAAUUGCCAACUCACUCGUCCAUCAAUUCGUGAUGUCAGCAAGUGAACGAUCCGUCCAGAGGGGCUUUACCGAUUUAUUCCGAGCUGUAUCCGUAGCGUGUAGUUAGCGUAGUAGUAUUUAGAUAGGCGGCUCGGCCGGUAAUCCACGAAGAGCCCGAUCCCUAGGGAGUAGUUUCCUCGAAGGAAAGAGAACGACGAGGCUCCAUGGCCGCUUAUAAGGCGGGCCUCGAGUAGUCUUAGGAAAUUGUCUGUAAAUUUUGUGCGGGGCCUCGGGAGGCUCGAGUUCGCGGCUCGAGUCUUCCGGCUGCAAUCGGAGCUCCGUUAUAGCGCUGACGAGGUGCAAUAGUCGGACGAGGACGUUCCAGUGCCCUCGAAGAGGGUGUCUGUAAUUAGGGGAAAGCGGGGAAAACGUCGUUAUGACGGAGCUCCAUCGUAGGACGUGCUAACGCGCCCCGAACCCUGCCUUUCUCGCGCCUGGCCGAGACCUCGAAGAGCUUCGUGCAAUUUCGGAUGACUCCGAACGCGGAUUAUUCCACGGGACGCCGCGAGGGUGAGACGGGUGGGACUCCUCUCGAGGAGGAGUCCCCCGGGUCCACGCGACCGGCGGAGGAAAGCGUCGCGCCGGAGGGCUCGACCUCGAAGACGCGAUGCCGAGGUCGAGCCCUCCUGCCCGAGAUGAAUAUUUUGAUAUAUAUAUAAAUAUUUGUACAGGAGAGUAUUACGAGGAGGGUUGCGAGAGUGUAACAGUACACGCGCGUGCACGGUGCGACCGAGUAGUACAAAGGAGGGUAGUCGAUCGGGGACCCGCGGUGAGCGUCCGCGGUAAGGUCCAAAAUCCCGAGACCAGACGCGGGAAUUUCGACCUUAUCGCGGCCGGGUCUCGGAUGAGACUUCGCUCGGAUGGGCACACGCGGGUGCCCCCCAGUGCGUGCCUGCGUACCUGGCUGCGGGUGUGCGCUCGGUACCGAGUGGGUCGUCGGGUGUGCGCGCACGGAGGGUCUUUUAAACCCUCCCUCGGUGCGCGUACACCCCGGAACCGUCGACAAAUGUAUAUUAUUUAUUAAUCCCAAGGUGUUAACGCGUAGGACGCGCCCUAAUCGCGAGUGCGUGCGCUCGCACCUGUCAGGUACCAAAACGCGGACAUAAAGCGCGCUAGUGUUUCAAAUCGGCCGUCUAGCAAUUUGGCCGGGCAUCCGUGUUAUAUCGAGUUAUAUUAUUUAAUGUCACGUCGCCGAUCACACAUCGUCCAUCCUCAUCGCCAUCGUCGCCAUUAUCAUUAGCUAGCUCUUAAGUAAUUUAUUGCCUUGCAUUCCAAGAUUUUAGGACGCACGGACGGCACUCCGGGAGGACGUCUCUGCGUGGAAAGGAGAAAGAUUAUGUCGGACGAGAGAGAAGGGUGCUUAUUAUAUUUUUUUUUUUUUCCCCCUUUUUGUUUUUCACCGUGGAAAUGUGACACUCGACUGAAUAGAGAGUCUGGGACGAACGGGCUGGAUCCGAUAUAACGCGAGCGUUUAGGAGGACGGAGGCUAGACCUCGGCGAGAUCGGGAGCGAGGUCGCAAGUCGGACUUUUAUUUUAACCGUCGAAUCUAAUGGUCAAGGACCGUUCCCAGUCGGGCUGCGGAUGCUUUUCGCAUGCCAGGUUAUUUAUAUAUAAUUAUGGGCACAUUUAUUUCCACGUUUUAUCGUCAAUGUCCGGGCCGCGGUACCGAUCCCUCGCCGUUCUCGGCCGAACCUAGCAUCAUUCGCCACGAAUUACCUUUUUAGAAUUACCUCUAACGUAACGAACAGCGUGUUCAUCAUAUUUUUCUGAGUGUUUCGACGCAAACCGCGGGGAGCAUUUUAAAGUGCCUGAUCGGAACGAUCGCCUCGUAUCUGGCGGCGCGUAGAAGUCGCGCGUGUAGAUAGGGAUGCGAUAAAUUGUUGAUAAGAGAGGAGCGAUCCGAACGGCGGAUCGGAGCGAGAGGUCGGAAGAGAGAACCGCGCGGGGAUUGAAAAUCCCCGGAAAAUUUCUUCGGGUUACGCGAGAUACGAUAUAAUAUAUAUGUUACAUAUGUAUAUUGGUACCAGAGAUAUACGCGUGCUCGACGCCACGUUCGAGUUCGAGAAGCGCCUUACACUGUGAUCACGUUUACAAAGAACAUAGUCUUAAAGUUAUAGAGAAUAAUAGGAGGUAGAGGAGCUACGAGCGCGUAGGUGUGCGAAAAUAUGAUGAAUGCAACCUCCGUAGGCCUUAGGUGCACCCCUACCCGUAGCGGAUGUUUCUCUUCGGUACAUAGUAUAUAUAUAUAUAUAAAU